CGUCACUUCACUUCCCGAGCCGCAGAUCAGAGACUCUUCAUACAAACACCAGUAAAAUCAUUGUUUGUGUUAUUUAUCUCUCAUAAUGAGAGGAACACGCGUUAUAUUUGCAUUUAAACAUCAAUGAAAGCCGUGUGUGAGGGCGUCAUCCUGAAACUCAAGUGUGCCAAGAACAAUGAACCUCCACCAGGUCCUGACAGGGGCCGUCAACCCCGGAGACAACAGCUUCUCUGUCGGCAGUAUAAACAACCAGCCGUUCACGGCGUACGCCUCGGGCUGUGACGUGGUCAUUCUGGGCAGUGAUUUUGAGAGGAUCCAGAUUAUCCCAGGAGCCAAACACGGGAACAUUCAGGUGGGCUGUGUGGACUGUUCGCUGCAGGGGGGUCAGAUCGCAGCAUCUUACGGAAACAUUAUUUGCGUGUUCGAGCCUGUAGAGGUCAGUCCACGAGGAAAAGCACAGAAGCUGAAUUAUCACUGGCAGAAGAGCGGUCAGUUUGUUGUGCAGUCAGUGGCACACAUCUUGACGUGGCAUCCCACAGGUACGUGUCUGUUGACCGGCUCAUCGUCUCUUCAGUUGUGGUGUAACCUGCACAUCAGUCCAGAUGCUGAAGAGGAGCGACAGGCGGCGGCUUCUGAUCCACAGAGCUCGUGGAGAUGUGUUUGGCAGUGCAAGACGGCCGCGUCGACUCAUUUCAUCCAGUUUUCUCCAGAUGGAGAGUUUUUUGCCACUGCUGGACAGGAUGACUGUUUGGUGAAGGUGUGGUACAGCUCCAGCAGAUGGCAGGUAGACGUCACUAAACUGCUCACUCCCGCUGACCUGCGCUCUGGAGCAGAGAUCAACUUCUCCUUCAUUUACCUGGCUCACCCUCGCUCCGUCACCGGUUUCACCUGGAGGAAGACCAGCAAGUACAUGCCCAGAGGUGCAGUGUGUAAUGUUCUGCUGACCUGCUGUAAGGACAGUGUGUGUCGACUCUGGGCCGAGACGCUGUUACCCAGUGACUGUCUUCUGUCGGGACUCAGCAGACACAGCAAUAUGAACAGUGAUGUGAAGAAAUCCUCCAGCAACAGCGCCACACACAACCCGCUGGAGCUGAACCUGAAGAAUUCGUGGAGAGAGCAGGUGAGAGGUUUGUCUCAGCUGUCGUAUACAGGCCCUCUUCCUCAACAGCAGAACAAACAUUACAGCCACCGAACCAACAUCCUACACGCCAACUCUCUCUGUCACUUUCACAUCGCUGCCAGCAUAAACCCGGCCACAGACAUCCCUCUGCUGCCCUCCAUCUCAUCUAUGAGUGGCUCUGAGGAGGAACCGGGCGGCACCUUCACCGUUCACUGGCUCAAUAACAAAGAGCUGAACCUGACGCUGAACAUGGAGGUGUUUCUUCAGCAGCUCAGGAGCAGCGUCGAGCAGAAUGACGUAGAUGAGGAUGGGGACAGCGUGGGCGGCUCGGCCUCUCUUCCUGCGGCUGCUGUAGAUCAUCAGGUGGACGUGCUGCUGAGUAACUGGAACAAAGCUGCAGAUAUGCUCUUCAGCAUUCACCCGAUGGACGGAUCGCUGCUGGUGUGGAACGUCGACUGGUUGGAUGAAUACCAGCCCGGCAUGUUCCGACAGGCGCAGGUUUCCUUCGUAUCACGAAUUCCUGUGGCCUUCCCCACUGGUGAUGCCAACUCGCUCAGUCGCAGCGUUGUGAUGUACGCCUGCAACAAAAACGUGGACCUGGCCAUUCAGCACGGGCGUCAGCGGCCCGCGGGUCUGCCCCACUCUACCUCCGCUCUGAUCGGCCUGGGUCAGAACAAACCCGCCUCCAACAACCUGCGUCUCAGCAUCUUCACCCCCAGCGUCCUGAUGAUCUCCAAACACGCUGAUGGCUCCCUUAACCAAUGGGCCGUCAGCUUUGCGGAGGACUCCGCCUUCUCGACGGUGCUCAGCGUCUCUCAUAAAUCACGAUACUGCGGCCAUCGCUUUCACCUCAACGAUCUGGCCUGUCACUCUCUGCUGCCUCUGCUGCUCACCACCUCACACCACAAUGCCCUAAAGACACCCGACGGGGGUGCUGGACCGCCCCAGCCCUCCGACCUCGGCGCCUCGUCUCACAGGAGCAGAGCGUCAUCAGGUGGCGUCUCCCCCAACGCUAUUUACAGCGAGUUGAUCCUGUGGCGGGUGGAUCCGGUGGGGCCGCUGUCGUUCUCGGGGGGCGUGUCAGAACUGGCCAGGAUCAACUCGCUGCACGCAUCAGCGUUCUCAAACGUGGCCUGGCUGCCCACGCUCAUUCCCAGCAACUGCCUCGGUGCGUACGGUAACUCACCCAGUGCCUGUUUUGUAGCCAGUGACGGUCACUCGCUCAGACUCUAUCAGGCUGUUAUUGAGGCCAAAAAACUGCUGAGUGAACUCUCUAACCCUGACAUCUCUAAAUAUGUUGGAGAAGUUUUUAAUAUCAUCAGUCAACAAUCUACGGACAGACCGGGCUGCAUUAUUGAGCUGGAUGCCAUCACAGAUUUUCAGGGCAAACAGACGCAGCUCCUGCACGUGUUUGAGGAAGAUCUGAUCCUGGGAAAUGAGAAAUCAGAUGAUGGUUUGCAGGAUUCUGAUUCCAGCCGGACCAUCUUCUCCGCUCGAUUCUUUCUGGUGGUGCUGGAGUUUUCUCACAGCGGCAGAUCAAUUCUACACAUGUGGCAUCUUCAUCUAGAGGCUGAUCCUGUCAAUAUGGAUCAAAGCCAUACGUCAUCACCGUUUGAGACGUUCAGCUCAACACAAACCCAGAGAUCAAAGCAGAGCACAUCCAACCUUCAGAGCGCCUGUCACCUCACUCUUACACACACUAAAGUUUUCUGUCAGGAGCUCCAUCUGCCGGAGGGUGUCGAGGUCAUUCGUGUAACACCCGCUGCAGGUCACCUGAGCUCUUCGUCCUUGCAGCCAGCCGGACGGGCUCCGUAUCUGCUGGCCACGUCCUGCUCGGAUGGUACUGUCAGAUUCUGGAGGUGUAACGCUGUCUUUGACCCCGAGACUCCCGAGAAAACAUCAUACGUGUGGGAGGAGUGGCCUCUGAUUGUAGAGGAAGGGUUGGUCAACAGCAGUGCUCUGAGUGUUUCUGGACAGCUCAUGGAUCUCAGCUGCUGUCACACCUGCAGAGUGGUGGUGGCACACAGGUCAGAGAGACCUCGCGGUGGCGCUGCCGAACCCCUCGUGCACGUCAGCAUAUUCCAGUGUGAAUCCACAGGCGGCUCUCAGUGGAUCCUGGAACAAACGCUGAAGAUCAGCGGCUCUUAUAGUCCUGAUAGCAAUGACUGUGACAAAAGCUUGAUGGUACCCAGCGUCAGGGAUUCAUGCGUGCUCACUAGCGAUUGUUUAGCUGUCAGCAGGAGACAGGUUCAUUUGGACUGGGUUUCCAGAGAGGAUGGUUCUCAUAUCUUAACCGUGGGUCUGGUAUCCAAACUUUACAUGUACGGCAUGCUUUCGGGAAAGCCUCUGGAGCUGGGACUCUCUGACAGCGGCCAGCAGCGCUGCUCCUCUCGUCUGGUUCUCCUGCGAGUAGUGGAUUUGGUGUCAUCCGUCGAGGGGUCGCUGCCCAUUCCCGUCUCUCUGUCUUGGGUGCGAGAUGGCAUCUUGGUGGUCGGGAUGGACUGUGAGAUGCACGUGUACUCUCAAUGGCAGCCUCCGGCCCCGGUCAAACCGGCCGUCACCACCGGAGAGAACAGCGUCGGCACGGGUAGCAUGACAUCUCUUCCUGCCGCUGUGAAACAGGAGGGGCUCAGUCCGAAUCCUCCUAAGAAGGGCCUCACCAGGUCAAUGACUAGUUUGGCUCAGAAGCUGAGCGGAAAGAGAACCGUGUAUGACCUGCCAGCAGAGCUGGAGGAUUCUGGGUUAUUUGAGGCAGCUCAUCACCUCUUCCCCACUCUGGCCCAGUAUCAUCCGGUACAGCUGUUAGAGCUCAUGGACCUCGGCAAGGUCAAACGGGCCAAAGCCAUCCUAUCCCAUCUGGUGAAGUGCAUUGCCGGGGAGGUUGUGUCUCUGAAAGAUGCCCCGGUCAGCCACGAACGGCGUCUGCGCUCUCUCACCAUCAGUGCCAGCGGAAGCACCGCCAGAGACCCAAAGAUGUUCAGCAAGAGCGAGAGCUCGGACUACACAGAGAUCGACUCUAUCCCCCCGCUGCCCUUAUACUCGCUGUUAGCUGCUGACGAGGAGACCGCUCCCCGAGCCGAAGAACGGGCCGACGGUGCUCGUACGUCCAGCCGAACGGACACCUACGAUGAGCUCUUCCAAACCUCAGGUCUCAGCACGGACGAAGCAGAUCCUUUCGGUGCCGACGAGGAGGACGGAAAUGUCAAAGUCAUUGAUCUAUCCAAGUACAGCCCCACGUUCUUCGGUCCCGAGCAUGCGCAGGUGUUAUCCAGUCACCUGCUGCACUCCAGUCUGCCGGGUCUGACGCGGAUGGAACAGAUGUCUCUGAUGGCUUUAGCGGACACAAUCGCUUCCACCAGCACAGACAUUGGAGAGAGUCAAGGGAAAGGCAGAGGUGGAGAGACGCUGGAUGAAUGUGGCCUGAAGUUUCUGCUGGCUGUACGUCUGCACACUUUCCUCCUGACGUCGUUACCUCCGGCUCAUCGAGUUCAGCUCCUCCGCCAAGGAUUAUCCACCUGUCAUUAUGCCUGGGCGUUUCACUCAGAGGCCGAGGAGGAACUUCUGCACACACUUCCAGCUCUACAGAGAGAAGAUCCCACAUGGCCGGAGCUGAGAGCGAUGGGUGUGGGCUGGUGGCUCAGGAGCACUAAUAAACUGCGCAGAUGCAUUGAAAAGGUGGCUAAAGCCUCAUAUCAGAGGAACAAUGACCCUUUAGACGCAGCUUUGUUUUUUCUGGCCAUGAAGAAGAAAGCUGUUGUUUGGGGGCUCUACAGAUCUCAGCAUAACGUGAAGAUGACAGCGUUCUUCAGUAAUAACUUCAGUGAGGAUCGUUGGAGAAAGGCAGCGUUAAAGAAUGCUUUCUCUCUGCUGGGAAAACAACGCUUCCAACAUUCUGCCGCUUUCUUUCUGCUGGCUGGAUCUCUGAAAGACGCUGUGGAGGUUUGUAUAGAGAAGAUGCAGGACCUUCAGCUGGCUCUGGUCAUCUGUCGACUGUACGAGUCUGAGUUUGAGAUGUCCGGCACUUACAAACGAAUCCUCCAGAGACACGUUCUGGGUCACGAGCAGCAGAUCCCGGCCCAUCAGGAUCCGUUCUUACGCAGUAUGGCACGCUGGGUGUUAGAUGACUACAGCAGGGCUCUGGACACUCUGCUUGAACAGCCUCAUAUUCACGCAGAUAUAUCUGAUCACGAGACGGCAGCCACCUCUCCCUGUAAUCCUGACGUGUUUAACUUCUACACGUUCCUCCGGGUUCAUCCGCUGCUGCUCCGCCGUCAUCUGGGCUCCUCAGAUCAAGCUAAAGUGGCCUUGACGGCCGAGGGCCGCGUGAGCGACUCCAUUAGUCUGAUGGAAAGAAGACUGUUCUUCACCGCCGCUCACGCACACUUACAGGCCGGCUGUCCCAUGCUGGCUUUAGAAGUCCUCUCCAAAAUGCCAAAGGUUGUUAAACGGUCCAAGGCGCUCCUCAGCCAAGAGAAUCCGUCUCUGUCCGGUUCUCUGAUGAACGGCUUUGAGUCUGAUUCUCUGUCGUCUCCUCGAGAGACGAGUCAGUCUGAUUCUCUGCUCAGUCUUGAUUGGAGUCAGCCGUCCGUCACCCUACAGGAUGAACCUCUGGAGCUCAAGUGGGACAGUGACAAAGACGACUCUGAGGAAGAGGAGUCUGGACUGGCGAUGAAGACCAUCCACCCGGAGAACAACAGUGUCCCUCGAGACGCGGCCUCCUCCUCCUCUGGCACAGAGAACACAACCCACGAGUCGCUCGGCGAGGACAUUCUGGCUGCUCAGCUGAAGUUCAGCUCCUGUCUGAAGAUUCUCACCACAGAGUUACGGACGCUGUCCACGGGCUACGAGCUGGAUGGAGGGAAACUGCGUCAUCAGUUGUGUCACUGGCUGGAGCGAGGGGUGGCGGCCCUGCAGAGGUGCUGUGGUUAUAACCCGUUACUCCAGCGACUGUCUGAAGGCAUCUCUGUGGAUCUGAGUCAGGUGGGCACCGGAGACCAUCCGGAGGUCCGGGGUGGAGACGUGCAGCACAGACGCAGACUCUGGCUUCAGAGGAACCAGCCGCUGCUGCGGAUCUUCCUCAGUUACUGCAGCCUGCACGGCUCUCACGGCGCAGGUCUGGCAUCCGUCAGAAUGGAGCUGAUUCUCUUACUGCAGGAGUCUCAGCAGGACGUCACUCAACAGCACACAUCAGUUCCUCUGCUGCUGGCCUGGACCGCUCGCUCCAAAACUGUGGUGGCCAAUCCCAUAGUGCACCUGAGCAAUCUGACUCAUGAUAUCCUGCACACCAUCAACGGUCUGGACUCUCCGCCACAGCCGGAUGUGGUGGACAACAAGAUUUAUGUGAUGCACACACUGGCGGCGUCUCUCUCAGCCUGCAUCUAUCAGUGUCUGUGUGACGGACACAAUUACACUCAUGUGAAUCCCUUCACGGGCAUCAUCUACCAGAGCGUCCUGCUUACCCAUCAGCCCCCGGUGAGGAGCGUGAGCAUGGAGGAAACCGUCCUGCCCAACACGUCACCUGCGCAGUGGCCCGGUAUCGCUGCUCUCAUUCCACUGCUGAACGCUUCAGGAGAUGAGAAUCAGGCCGGUCUGCCCGUGCUUCUGUGUGAGAUCCUCACCGCAGUCUUCCUCAGUCUGUUUGUUCACGGUCUGGCCACUCACUCCGCCCAUCAGCUCUUCAGGAUCGUGGCUCAUCCGCUCAACAGCAGACUCUGGGUGGCUGUGUUUGGAGGCGGUGUUUGUGUUGCGCCUGUGGUGCAGACGUCCAGCUCACCGUCAGUGGAAGAUGCAGAAGGUAAGCAGAGGCGUUUCAGGCUUCAGUCCUCACGGAGUCACUCCAGAGAUGUUCCUGACAGACCCGUGAAGGAGCGGGAACCGUCUGGUUCUAAAGAACGCUUGGUGCCGCCCGAGCUCAGUAUCUGGGAUUACUUCAUGGCAAAGCCGUACGUGCCUCCAUCUGCCAGUCGAGUGGAAUAUGAUUCUGAGGAAAGCCAAGGCAGUGAGGAUGAGGAUGAUGAAGAUGAUGAUGUGUUUAAUCUCAACUCUCCUCAUGAGGAACACUCUAACAGUAACUCCUUCAGCUGGUGCUUGAUGCGAUUGGCCAUGGUGCAGAAGGUUCUGUUAAACCUCAAGAGCUUCUACCCAACAGCCGGUCAUGACCUCUUAGAUCUGCCCGUGUGUUCUCCGCUGUGUCACGCGGCUCUGAAGACCCUGCAGCGCUGGGAGCAGUUGUUGUUGAAGAGGCUGGAGAUUUUUGGAGGUCCUCCGUCAUGGUACAUCUCCACACAGCUGCAGGACGAGAGCGUGUCGUCUGGACCGGCUCUUCUGAGGCACAAAGCCCUGCUGGAGCCUGCCAAUACACCUUUCAAGUCUCGGAGGCGCUCGGCUCUGCCCGUCAAACGUCUGUGGCAGUUUCUGGUCAAACAGGAAGAGGUUCAGGAAACCUUCAUCCGUAACAUCUUCACGAAGAAACGAGAUCAGGAUGAGGAGACUGACAGUCUGAAACAUUCUGUGCUGCUGGAGCCCAACCAACAGCAGAUCGAGGGCGGUCUGGGCAGCCCCGGGGCCAAAGCUCGCAUCAUCCACAAAGAGUCUGACCUCAUCACCGCCUUCGCCAUCAAUAAAGCCAAUCGCAACUGUUUAGUGAUCGCCUCCACUCAGGAGAUCCAGGAGCUGGAUGUCUCCGCCAUCCUGGCCACUCAGAUCCUGACGUGGAUCGACGACGAGGCAGAGAUGGAGGUCAAAGGGAACGAUGAUUUUCUGGUGGUCCACGCUCGUGAUGACUUCGCCGCUUUGCACGGCACCACGCCCUACACGCACAGCAGCCCCGGUACGCCCAUCAACAUGCCCUGGCUGGGCGGCGUGCAGACGGGCCGAGGAGCGGCCGUGCAGCUCAUCAAAAGAAACAUCAAUAAUGUGAGACGGAUGACAUCACACCCCACCCUGCCCUACUAUCUGACCGGAGCUCAGGACGGAAGUGUGCGGAUGUUUGAGUGGGGACAUUCACAGCAGAUCACCUGCUUCAGAAGCCCUGGAAACUGCAGAGUCACAAGAAUCCGCUUUAACUAUCAGGGUAACAAGUUUGGGAUUGUAGAUGCAGACGGAGCUUUGAGUCUGUGGCAGACCAGCACCGGUGGAAACACACCCAAACCAUUUCUGACACUUCAGUGUCAUAAUAAAACUGCCAAUGAUUUUGCUUUCGUGGGAUCAUCGUCUCUCAUCGCCACAGCAGGCCUGUCGACAGACAACAGAAAUGUUUGUCUGUGGGACACGCUGGUCACACCAGCCAACAGUCUGGUGCAGGCGUUCAGCUGCCAUGAGUCUGGCGCUACCGUUCUGGCUUUAGCCUCCAAACAGCAGCUGUUGAUCAGCGGAGGCCGGAGGGGUUGGGUCAGUGUUCUGGACCUCAGUCAGAAGAUUCACAGACAGAGUUUCCAGGCUCACGAUUCUCCUGUCAAAGCUCUGGCCGUGGACUCCACAGAGGAAAGAUUCAUCAGCGGAUCGGCUGAAGGAAACAUCAAGGUGUGGAGCAUGUCCACCCAGAGUCUGUUACACACCUUCAGCAACGAACACGCCAGACAGUCCAUCUUUCGCAACCUCGGCAUGGGCGUCAUGCAGAUCGAAACCGGCCCGGCCAAUCACGUCUUCUCCUGCGGGGCGGACGGAACCAUGAAGAUGCGAGUCCUGCCGGACGACGGCGCCAUCAAAACUCAUGUGAAGUUUAUUAUGUAGCACACUCUUAAUCUUUGCACACGGUAAGAGAAGCAAUAUGAGAGACUCGGACAUCACUGCUCCAAUUCUCAGCCAAUCCCCUAAUAAUCCAGAGAAUCUGUUUGUCUGAUCUCAGUCCACGUCAGCACAGACUUACUGAAGCACAUUUCUAUAGGGAGUUAUAUAAAGAUAUAUAUAUUUAUCAGUAAAGCCUUAACUAUCCAAACUCUUGCUACGCAGUGUUGUGAUCGUGCUCUUGACUUAAAUAGUGAUAAGUGUCCUUAUAUUUCUACCUAAUGUCCAUCAAAUAUCCCCAUCCCUCCUCGCUGGUGCUCACCAGACAUUCAUUCCUUUUCCUUGAAGUUACUGAAGUGGCUUUAAACAUAAACUUCCUGUUAAACUACGUGUGGUAGUUUCUGUGUUGUACAAAUAUGAAUAAUAAUAAUAUUGGGAAGGUAUUGUAUAUUACUAGAAUAAACAGUAUUUAGUUUAGAGAGCUCAUGAACACAGAUCAGUCUCCUCAACACGAGCAGAUACACCUGCUGUUAAAUCACUUCCUGCUUCUGUGUUCUGAGCUGAAAUAUAUCAUUCCACAGAAUAAACCCUGAGACUUGAGCUUCUGUCUGUCAGAUGAGUCUGAGAAACACUCUGAGAGAGACGAGCACAGGUGGAGAAAUGAAUGGAUGACAGCUGCAGCACAAUGAUUCAUUAUUCGUUUAAAGAUUGUAAAUAUGUUCAUGUAAUUUGAUUUCAGAGUGAAGAUUACAGCUUCUUUUAUUAUGGGAUGUAAAUAUGUCAAAGAAGAUUUAUUGAGUUUAUGAUUAAAUGAUUCUGUAUAAAAAGAUCUGUGUUAAAUAUUAAGAAAUAUUUAUAAUCAUUAAGAGCUCUGCAGAAUUUCAGUUUUAGAAAGAUUGUUCAGGGCUUUUUUUUACUUUUACCUCCAACCGAUCGACCCCGAGCACAAACUCUGAAACUUGUGUUUCUCAUGUGAGAUUUUAGAUGAUGAAGGUCAUUUCUCUCAGAGCUCAGUUGAUUUAUUUUACUCGUGAAAAAAAGU